GAACAACGUGCCGCUUCUAAUCGUUACCGCAUGAGCACGCGGGACUACUUUCAUCUAUAUAGACGACGAAGACAUCAUCAGUGAGCCGGAAAGCCACAAAAGUAUUCCGAACCCGCAGUCGGAAGAGCUCUGCCAAGAUACCCAAGCUCAUCACCGCCAGUUUCUCAAACCCUCCUCUCCCUCACAUCACUCUACACUCACAUUUGCGACGGUGCACCCUUCUGCCUUGGUCAGGCCCAUAUCUUUCGACAAGAAUCCCCAGAGAUGAGCUCCACACCUCCGACAGGCGUGCCCACCAUGGCUACAGGGCCGAUGCAGCUCGAGAAGAAGCCCGUCAAGUUCAGUAACUUGUUGCUCGGUGCUGGUCUCAACAUGUUCGAGGUGACUACUCUGGGACAGCCGUUGGAGGUCACCAAGACCACCAUGGCUGCCAACAGGGCUGACGGCAUGGCGGGGGCGGUCAGCCGUAUCUGGGCGCGUGGAGGUGUCUUCGGAUUCUACCAAGGUCUCAUCCCCUGGGCGUGGAUCGAAGCCUCCACCAAGGGUGCUGUUCUCCUCUUCGUCGCUUCCGAAGCCGAGUUCUAUGCCAAAUCGUUCGGCGCCAACGAAUUUGUCGGCGGUAUCUCAGGCGGCAUGGCUGGCGGUCUUGCGCAAGCCUACGCUACCAUGGGCUUCUGCACCUGCAUGAAGACGGUUGAGAUCACAAAGCACAAGGUUGCAGCUACGGGCGUGAAACCCCCAGGGACCUUGGAAACCUUCAUGGGCAUAUGGCGCGCAGAGGGUAUUCGCGGUAUCAACCGCGGUGUGAACGCCGUUGCCGUGCGCCAGGUCACCAACUGGGGCUCCCGAUUUGGCUUGUCUCGUGUUGCGGAGUCUGGAAUUCGAAGUGCGACCAACAAGGAGCAUGGCGAGAAGCUCACCGUCAUGGAGAAGAUUCUUGCCUCUGCGAUUGGUGGUGGUUUGAGCGCGUGGAACCAGCCCAUUGAGGUCAUCCGCGUUGAAAUGCAGUCGAAGACUGUGGACCCCAAUCGCCCUAAGAAUCUGACUGUUGGAAAAGCGUUCAAUUACAUCUACCAGAAUAACGGUCUCAAGGGUCUUUACCGUGGCGUUACCCCUAGAAUUGGGCUUGGAAUCUGGCAGACGGUCUGCAUGGUCGCUCUUGGUGACGUCGCUAAGGAAGCUGUCGAGAAGCUUACCGGUGACCAGGUUACGGCGAAACACUAGAUGGCGUUUGGAAUACGAAGUCAAGAGUUUGAUCUUCGAUAUCUAUUCAAUUUAUAUGCAAAUCCUCAAUGAGAGGUUUCCAAUUUCGAAAUGGCAUGACUGCAUAAUCA